UGACGCAAUCAAAAGUCGACGAACACGUUCACGCCCUCAGGCUGCAAAUAGAGACUAUAAGCAGUUAGCUAAGCAGUUUCCGCCAUAUUAUUAGUUUUGUCUGUUAGAAUAUAUUUCUGCAAUGUCUGCACCGCUGAAAGUGUGUAUCGUGGGCUCAGGAAACUGGGGCUCUGCUAUUGCUAGGAUCAUUGGUCACAAUGCACAAAAACUGCAGAGUUUUGCCACCACUGUCAAGAUGUGGGUCUAUGAGGAGAAUAUAAAUGGAAGGAAACUUACUGAUAUCAUUAACACUGAUCAUGAGAAUGUCAAAUACCUCCCAGGUUACAAACUUCCAGAAAAUGUGAUCGCUGUGCCUGAGCUGCGGGAUGCUGCAGAUGGAGCAGACUUGCUGGUGUUUGUGGUCCCACACCAGUUUAUCCGAAAGCUGUGUGAUGAGAUGGUCGGCUGUGUUUCUAAGACGGCCAGAGGAAUUAGUUUAAUUAAGGGUAUUGAUGAGGGACCUGGGGGGCUGAAACUCAUCUCUGAUAUCAUUCGGGAGAAGAUGGGUAUUGAUGUCAGUGUCUUAAUGGGGGCCAACAUUGCUAAUGAGGUGGCGGAUGAGAAGUUCUGUGAAACCACAAUCGGCAGUAAAAUCUUGGAGAACGGACAGCUUUUUAAGGAUCUUCUGCAGACACCCAACUUCCGCAUCACUGUCGUGGAUGACGCAGACACCGUGGAGCUGUGUGGAGCUCUCAAAAACAUCGUGGCUGUGGGAGCAGGUUUUUGUGAUGGCCUAAAGUGUGGAGACAAUACUAAAGCAGCAGUGAUCAGGCUUGGGCUGAUGGAGAUGAUUGCCUUUGCCAAGCUGUUCAGUAAAGACGGCUCUGUAUCUUCUGCUACCUUUUUGGAAAGCUGUGGAGUAGCUGACCUCAUCACCACCUGCUAUGGCGGACGCAACCGUCGCGUAGCAGAGGCCUUCGUCACGUCAGGCAAGAGCAUUGAGGCACUCGAGAAGGAGAUGCUGAAUGGUCAGAAGCUUCAAGGGCCAAUGACAUCUGCUGAAGUGAACCACAUCCUCAAGCAGAAGGGCCUAGUGGAAAAGUUUCCCUUGUUCACCGCCGUGUAUCAGAUCUGCUUUGAUGGCAAGCCAGUUCAGGACAUGAUCUCCUGCCUGCAGUCUCACCCUGAGCACAUUUGAGCGGCCCUGAGAGAGCUGCAGUCAUGCUGGCCUCGAAAGGAACACCUUCACCAGCACCUCUGCCUUUAAUACAGUGAUUAAUCCUGCCUUUAUCAUACCUUCUCGGUUAACGCACAUUUAUAUUUGGAUUUUUUUUUUCUAGUAGUCUUUAGUUAACAACACUUUUGAAUUUAAAUGGUUAGGUUGUGGUCAUUCUCAGGGUCUAACCAGUCACAAAGCUGCAAAACAUUUAGACUCGUUUCACUAACUACAUCUUUUGGAACAUAAAGCUGUUUGUGAUAUCUAUUCAAUACUUUAGUGAUUUUUACUCUCAUUUGGUGCCCCCUUGUGGAGGGCAUAACUACUGCAGAAACAAACAGUGCUCAUAGGAAUUCCUAUUUUAAUCUCACCACUGAUUAGACUAACGGGUCAUAUCAUCAUGUUUUUAAACUUCAGAAAUCUUCAGAUUAAUCCAGCUCAGUCGGGUUUUUAUUCAGUAGGUAGUACUGAUGCUGAUCAGAGCCAGUAAGUAAUAAACGUUUUUGUUCCAAGUUCUCCAGAAGGCCAUUUAAUGCUGCUGGCAUGCUAACUGGUGGUGACCUCCUGCACACAAAUAAAUACAACAUUUGGGACCAUUUCUUGAUCACCAGAUACAUUUUUCCUGCUGGGCAAAGAAACUUUAAACCUGACCACAUCCCCUAUGGAAACACUGAUACCUCUUAGCUAAUAAUCAGUUUUUAACUAUUUGUAACAUUUUUAACAAGUGUUUAUAUCACUGUAUCCUCUCUACCCAAUGCUGCCAGAAAAAGCUCCACUGUUUAUAUCCCUUGCGUUUGGUUUGAUUACAUUUUGUUAAAGAGAAAUGGGGUUUCUUUUGGUCCGUAUACCCUAUUGUCAGUUUUCUUUAUUUUUUAGGAAACAAGGGAAUUGAGCAGUGCUUUAACAUCAUACUGUGAAAGGGUUUUCUCUUAAAAAAAACCCUUGAUAAUCAGAAAUUAAAUGAAUUGCACUAUCACUUUUGUUAAUACUUUUACAAAACUAUGUGCACUAACAUCAUUUGGAGCCUUCUGGUCAUCUGUAGCAUCAUCAUAUUCAAAUGGAUCAUUCUGUGUGCUGAAUUUACUAAUCACUACUAAUUAACCAGUACCACUUUAAUUUGAUUUGUGUUAUGUCAGAUUCAGAAUAACUCAGUUUGCUGUUUUUGCUAGUUGGAAAGUCUGCUAUUUCACUUGUCCUUAUCUAUCCGCUGUCGUGUUGAAGUAAACAUUGAGAAUAGACGGCUUGGUGAAUUUUGCUCAGUGACGCUCACGGAUGUAAAUUCAUAGACCUUGUUAGCCGAAUAUGUGAUUCAUUUCAGACACUGAUUUCAAGCUAUACUGCAGGCUGGGUGUAGACGUGUGUAAGUAGAUUACACUCCAUAUAGAUUAUAAUGUUGAUUGACAAUUCUAUAAAAAAAAAUUAUUUUUUUUUUGUCAUCAAGCAACACUUGUUAUCGGUGCAAAAAUCAUAUCCUCUGUAAUGUCAUUUGUUUGUAAAGGUGGAACGUGAACUGACUAUAGAAAACAUUCACGUUUGAUCGCAGCCUCGUCUAGUUGAAUAAAGUGUUUACUAUGUA